UACAUCGAAUCAAAAGAAUAAAGCAAAACUCUCUGUCUCUGCCACCCUUUGUCAUCUUCAACAUAAACUCACUGAUUUCAUUUCAGAAUUUCAAUCACUGCAAGCCCUUUAGGGAAUGCAGAGAGAUGGGAGGACCUUCGUUGACAAAGCCUGAGCUGUACGGACGUGUUAAACGGUGCAUUGGCGGCCGGAAUUGCCACCGGAAACACGUUGAAGACGGGUGAUCUUGUGCUCUCUCUCUUUCUUUCGUUCUUUUUCUGUUAUUCUCUUUCUGUAAUCGUAUAAUUUCUGUAAAAAAAAUAUUUUUAUUAAAUGGCAUCCACGGAGAACUCUCAGCCGUCGUUGCUUCAUGGAAGAUACGAGUUGGGUCGGUUGUUAGGCCAUGGAACUUUCGCCAAAGUCUACCUCGCCCGCCACUUACAAACCGGCAAAAGCGUCGCCAUGAAAGUCGUCGGCAAAGAAAAGGUGAUUAAAGUAGGCAUGAUGGAGCAAGUCAAGCGAGAGAUCUCGGUAAUGAAGAUGGUGAAACACAAAAAUAUCGUCGAGCUUCACGAGGUUAUGGCAAGCAAAUCCAAGAUUUAUUUCGCCAUGGAGCUGGUUCGAGGCGGCGAACUUUUCAACAAAAUUGCCAAAGGUCGAUUAAGGGAGGAUUUAGCAAGAGUUUAUUUCCAACAGUUGAUCUCCGCCAUCGAUUUUUGCCAUAGCCGAGGGGUUUAUCACCGAGAUUUGAAGCCGGAAAAUCUUUUACUAGACGAAGAUGGAAAUCUGAAAGUAACAGAUUUCGGGCUUACUGCUUUUUCUGAGCAUCUGAAACAGGAUGGAUUAUUGCACACAACUUGCGGUACACCGGCUUAUGUAGCACCGGAAGUCAUCGGGAAAAAGGGAUACGACGGAGCUAAGGCGGAUAUUUGGUCUUGUGGGGUUAUUUUAUAUGUUCUUCUUGCAGGUUUUUUGCCAUUCCAGGAUGAUAACAUUGUGGCUAUGUAUAGGAAGAUUUAUCGAGGAGAUUUCAAGUGUCCACCCUGGUUUUCUCCAGAAGCCAGAAGAUUGAUCACAAAACUUCUUGAUCCGAAUCCGAAUACAAGAAUUUCCAUCUCGAAAAUUAUGGAAUCAUCCUGGUUCAAGAAGCCUGUGCCGAAGAACAUCAAAUCCAACAACAAACAGGAGAAUGAUUUUGAAGUUGAUGACAUAAACCACGGCGACAAAUUGAAGCAGCCUGAAACGUUGAACGCUUUCCAUAUCAUUUCUUUGUCAGAGGGAUUUGAUUUGUCGCCGUUGUUUGAGGAGAAAAAAAGGGAGGAAAAAGAAGAGUUGAGAUUCGCCACAACAAGGCCGGCAAGUAGUGUGAUUUCGAAGCUUGAAGAAGUGGCAAAAAAUGUGAAAUUUAAUGUGAAAAAGAGUGAGUCAAGAGUCAGAUUGCAAGGCCAAGAGUGUGGGCGAAAAGGGAAACUAGCCAUUAAUGCUGAUAUAUUCUCUGUAACACCGUCGUUUGUGGUUGUGGAAGUGAAGAAAGACAACGGCGACACCUUGGAAUAUAAUCAGUUCUGCAGCAAGGAGCUUCGACCUGCCCUUAAAGACAUUGUUUGGAUGUCGAAUGAGAAAAAUUCUACACUUGCUUGAAGAAGAAGAAGCAGAAUAAAAAGGAGAAAGAGGAUUUGAUUGCAAGGUUAGAGAUUGUUAAUGAUUGUGUUGAAUUAGAUUAUUGUUGUUGAAGAAAUUGGAAGAAAAAAGCAAAGACCAUAUGGGGUUCUUUCUUUCAUCACAUUAUGUUGUGUUAUAGUUGUGUUUGUUUGGUGGUUGUGACAGAAAAUUAUUGUUCUUGUUUGAAUCAUUAAACUUGUGAUGCUUCUAUGUGAA